AAAAAUGUCCGACGUUGCCGAGACUGUUGUCGCUCAAGAGCCAGAGGUUGUCGAACCAGUCGAGGAGAAGCCAACCGAGACUGGAUCGGACGAUGUCGUUGUGAUUGAUGAGAAGACCAGUGAGCAGAACGGUGAAAAGACAGAGGAGACUCAAGCUGAGGCCACCGAGGAGAAGAAUGAGACUGAGGCUGAAGAGGCCGAUAAGGAUAAGGCAGUCGAGAACGGAGAAGCAAAGGACACCAACGGCAACGAUCGUAAGCGUGUGUCCAGCGCCCACGAAGAGGCUCCAGUCGCCGACGCAGAGGAGGAUGCUCCAUUGACCAAGAAAAGCAAGGUUGAGGAUGAGGUUGACGUCGCAGCCUCUGGAGAUGCCCCAGCUGUCGCCGCCGAAUAGGUUGCUUCCCAACAACAAAUGCCACUUCAUCCUUCCUCAAAUUCCCCGUUUCAAAAUCAACAUCUUUAUCAUCAAUCUGUACAUGUUGACCAAAUCCAUUAAAAAUGUACUUGUCCGAUGUUUCGACAAUUCUAUUUUGUCUCUAAGCUGAUCCCAUCUUGAUUUUUCUUAAUAUUGGAUAAUUCCCUCAUCAAAAAAAGAAUCUCAUCAUCUCCCUGGUGUUGGGGUUUUCCUAUCGUUCCGUUUAAGUUAAUUCGGAUUCCCCUCUCCAGGUAUUUGUUAGUUUUAACAUUGUUUUAUCCAACCUCUCACUGCAAUAAAGUUAAAGUGGCAGAAUCGU